AUGAUUCCACUUGUCGAAAAUGUAAAGGCAAUCGGCAGGGGCUUUCGCUUUCUCUACAGGGGCACCCGAUCCUGCAUCCGACGCCAGCAAAACAAAAGACAAAUGCGAAAGAAUGAUAGCGCCAUGUCUUCUGAUUUCUUUCAAAUUGAUCUUUUCGAUUGCCACUAUCCCAGAGAUUUCAAGAUUUAUGGGGUCGGAUUUACCCAUAGCGACCUUUGUCUUCUUCUCAAUGAGGCAUCUUCUUCAUCGGAGGAAAGCCUUUAUAGUGAGGAAAGUGAACUCGAUAUUCAUCCAGUUGCGGGUUUUCAAUUGCCAUUUUCGACGGCAAAGGCGAUUAUUGAGGCAUAUCGAUUCGGUCCAGAGAAUGGUCCACCAGUCAGUGUCCUCAAUUACAAGGAUAGCGUCAAACAUAUACCGUGGAACACGCUCGCCUACUUCCGUUCCAACGCACAGAUCGUAGACGGCGAUUUACUCCUGAAGCUCGACAUUGCGAAACAAGCAAUCGAUCCGUCCACCAUCGCCCGAUUCCAAAUUGUGUCGUUUCUCAAUGAAGACCUGGGGGUCUAUCUGAACUUUGGCAAAUUCAGGUUCAAUAACGACGGUUCAGAUUCAACACUCUUCAUCCAAUAUCCGCAAAGCGGGGUUGAAGUGCGCGCAGCCUUGACGACAGACCCCGAGACCAACGCUCGUGAUAUGCGAAUUACCCUAUGGUGCAAUUUCGGAGCAUGCGACUUCCCAGACCGUGACAUGUUAGAGAGCGUUACUACGUCUUAUAACGCCAUUGCCUUUUGUGGUGAUUUCCACACCAUUAGCCCGGAGGAGUCGACGUAUAUGAACUAUUUCGACGAUACGUCGCCUUCGAAGUUUACGGACUACAAGCCGCUUGAAAUGGCUUUGCCUUCUAAAGAUAGAUAA